UACAAUAGAACUUUAAAUUCAAGUAAGAAAAAACUCACAAGCCAUAUUCCAUAACCUCUUUGCAAUUCAACAGUUAAUCCGAUCCAUGAAUCAAUCGCACAUGAAGCCCCAAAAAUCAAUUAGCAAUAUUCAUGAUUUAAAUCGAAUCAAGGGUUUGUGUAAGAGUGUGUGUGUGUGAGAGUGUGAGAGAAUGUGGAGGAAACAAGGUACACCUAUAAUUGUAAAUCAAAUACCAUGAAUGGUGGGAUUUCUUUGUUUCUAGUGUCGUGUGCGUGGCUCAUUUGAAGGCCGUGUAGCCUGCACAAAUCGGCUUUACAAACCAAAGCAACAGCUGCGUUACACCAUAAGCAGCUGUGUUACACCAUCCUUACACUCUUUUUAUAUAGGUAAUAGGUAUAAAAUUUACACUGUCACGUAAAACUUUUUAUCUAAUUGGUUAGAUUAAAUUCAUACCAAAUAUAUAUAUAUAUAUAUAUAGAUUAUAGAAGAAUUGAUGAUUGUAAGGAAAAAUAAGUUGGAUUCCUAGGGUAUUAUCAGAAAAGAUAAUAACUGAAAAAAUAUGUUAAGAAAUUUAUCUCGAAAAGUGAAGUGUUUUGAUUCAAUUUUUGUACAAUGAGAUCUACACUUAAUCUGAAUUACACUAGACUUUUUUUUUAGAUUAAUUUUUUAAGUCGAUAACAUUGUUAUUAUAUUAUUAAUAAUAAUUAAAAAAAAGAUGCUUAUAAGCUUAGUUGUGUGUGCAGUCUUUUGAGGAUGCAUGGAAGGCUACGUGCUCGGCAAGGGAAGUUUCAGGUUUUAGUCCAACCAUGCACAUUCCUGAUAGCUAUAAGUUCUUGCUACAACCUAUAAUCUUUAGUGGCCCUUGCAAUUCCGAAGCCGUUAACGUCAUGGUAAUUACAAUUUUAGAUUCAUAAAUUUUCUCGUAUCAUAUGUCAUCAUUAUAGGUCAAAUUAUUUUAUGCGUCUCAAAUAUUUUAUUAAAAUUUUUGUACAACUAGAAUCAUUAGUACAAAUAAUUUGAAAUAUUUACUUUCCUAUUGUGGGCUUAUACUGGCCCAAUAAUAACACGGUACAAUCUUUCUUUUAACUAGAAAUAAGUUAUCCUAUCAUACAUUUCAAUAUUUUUAUUUUUCUCUUAUUUAUUUAUUUUUAAUAUAUUGUUAUUGAAUUGUUAAAUUGAUAUGGUUUAUUAUAGAUAGGUGGAAACCUAACAGCACCAAGUCAUCCUUCAAAAUGGAAGUGCAACGGAAGUAACUGCCGUCAAUGGAUAGGAUUUACUGAGAUCAAUGGUCUCUACAUUUAUGGCUCUCGUACUAUUAAUGCCCAGGGUACCAAAUGGUGGGGUUCCUCCAAUGUAAAUCACACUAGAAAGGCAAGAAGCCUCCUCUCUCACUUCAUUUAAUUAUUUUUAAAAUAAUUAUCACUGUCACACCAUUUUAAUUUAAAUUUUUUGUACAAAAUAAAUAUUUUUUUUGGCUUUACUAAUAUAAGUUUAUUUUCUUCUUUUCAGUACCAUGGGUCAAAACCAACAGUGAGUGACACUAGAUCCUUUGUUUUUAAAUUAUUUUUUUCCUAUGUUUACAUUGUAAGUACUACAUAAUGUUUCGAAAUAAUAUUUUUGAAAACAUUUAAUAAUUUUUCAUGUUUUUACAGGGGUUCGUAAUAGCACAUUCCAACCAUGUGCAUAUAAGUGACCUAACCUUCAUAGUCAGCCCUCAAAUGCAUAUGGCGUUGGAAAGGUCGACAUGGGUAUAUGUUUAUAAUCUCACCAUCACUGCCCCCGGCGAUAGCCCAAAUACUGAUGGCAUACACAUUCAACAUUCCACACAUGUCUUCAUAAGCCAAACUCACAUUGGGACUGGUGAUGAUUGUAUUUCCAUCGGAGAUGGUUCAUCAUAUCUCAACAUUAGCAUGAUCACAUGUGGACCAGGUCUGGCAUAAGGUAACAGGAAAGACCUUUUUACAAUUCCCUGCUUAAGCUGGAGUAGUUUUAGGAUGGGUGACCCACUGGGAAGAACAAAUCUGUGCGGGUGUGGCCCAAAGCAGACAAUAUCGAUGACGUAUAAAGGGUCGGGGCGUUACAAAUGGUAUCAGAGCCGACUCUCCGGAGUAC